ACGCAACAUUAGUGCGGAAAGUAAACGCUACUGUGCGUACUUCUCGUACCACCGGCCUGUACUGUCAGUACUUGCGUUGCCUAGUGAACCUCAAGAGUCCACACAACACGAGUAAUUCAACGAUCAUGAGAUCUGGACAUCGCUGCUGAUAGAGGAUACCGGCAUUUCUCGUCCUUGGCCUGACAAUCCAGCGGUAGUCAGUGUUGUUCUCUCAUCAUUUUUCCUGCAGUCGGGGCAACUCUACCGAUUUGAGUUUGGGUCUCGGCCUUGCUCCGGUAGAGCUCUGCUUUGUUCUUGCCAACAACCAACAAUGCUUUCGUUCAAACUGCUUCCAUCCAAGUGUUGGGAUAGUUUUCCUGGGAGAUAUCUGCAUUGCUCCGAUAUCAACGCUGGCAGCCCGGCGCGUAGAUCGUAGCUUCAUCAUUCUUCCUGCAGUCGGGGCAUCUCUGCCGUUUGAGUAUGGGUCUCGGCCUUACUCCGGUAGAGCUCUGCCUUGUUCUUGCCAACAACCAACAAUGCUUCCAUCCAAGUGCUGGGAUAGUUUGCCACCCGAUAUCUCGGACUGCGAUUCUUGGCUCAUCUGUGAGCGCCCACAUCCACAAAGGAUUCCACACAUCGUUGGAACUUUUCUUCCUCUGUGAGAAUUCUGCUUUGCUCCGAUAUCAACGCUGGCAGCCCGGCGCGUAGAUCGUAGCUUCAUCAUUUUUCCUGCAGUCGGGGCAUCUCUGCCGUUUGAGUAUGGGUCUCGGCUUUACUCCGGUAGAGCUCUGCCUUGUUCUUGCCAACAACCAACAAUGCUUCCAUCCAAGUGCUGGGAUAGUUUGCCACCCGAUAUCUCGGACUGUGAUUCUUGGCUCAUCUGUGAGCGCCUACAUCCACAAAGGAUUCCAACACCGUUGAAACUGUUUCUUCCUCUGGGAGAAUUCUGCUUUGCUCCGAUAUCAACGCUGGUAGCCCGGCACGUAGAUCGGACUCAAUCGUUAGUCAGCGAUUGUUGGAUACGUUCUCUCAUCAUCGAAAGCUCCAUCAUUUUUCCUGCAGUCGGGGCAUCUCUGCCGUUUGAGUAUGGGUCUCGGCCUUACUCCGGUAGAGCUCUGCCUUGUUCUUGCCAACAACCAACAAUGCUUCCAUCCAAGUGCUGGGAUAGUUUGCCACCCGAUAUCUCGGACUGCGAUUCUUGGCUCAUCUGUGAGCGCCUACAUCCACAAAGGAUUCCAACACCGUUGAAACUGUUUCUUCCUCUGGGAGAAUUCUGCUUUGCUCCGAUAUCAACGCUGGUAGCCCGGCACGUAGAUCGGACUCAAUCGUUAGUCAGCGAUUGUUGGAUACGUUCUCUCAUCAUCGAAAGCUCCAUCAUUUUUCCUGCAGUCGGGGCAUCUCUGCCGUUUGAGUAUGGGUCUCGGCCUUACUCCGGUAGAGCUCUGCCUUGUUCUUGCCAACAACCAACAAUGCUUCCAUCCAAGUGCUGGGAUAGUUUGCCACCCGAUAUCUCGGACUGCGAUUCUUGGCUCAUCUGUGAGCGCCUACAUCCACAAAGGAUUCCACACACCGUUGAAACUGUUUCUUCCUCUGGGAGAAUUCUGCUUUGCUCCGAUAUCAACGCUGGCAGCCCGGCACGUAGAUCGGACUCAAUCGUUAGUCAGCGAUUGUUGGAUACGUUCUCUCAUCAUCGAAAGCUCCAUCAUUUUUCCUGCAGUCGGGGCAUCUCUGCCGUUUGAGUAUGGGUCUCGGCCUUACUCCGGUAGAGCUCUGCCUUGUUCUUGCCAACAACCAACAAUGCUUCCAUCCAAGUGCUGGGAUAGUUUGCCACCCGAUAUCUCGGACUGUGAUUCUUGGCUCAUCUGUGAGCGCCUACAUCCACAAAGGAUUCCACACACCGUUGAAACUGUUUCUUCCUCUGGGAGAAUUCUGCUUUGCUCCGAUAUCAACGCUGGCAGCCCGGCACGUAGAUCGGACUCAAUCGUUAGUCAGCGAUUGUUGGAUACGUUCUCUCAUCAUCGAAAGCUCCAUCAUUUUUCCUGCAGUCGGGGCAUCUCUGCCGUUUGAGUAUGGGUCUCGGCCUUACUCCGGUAGAGCUCUGCCUUGUUCUUGCCAACAACCAACAAUGCUUCCAUCCAAGUGCUGGGAUAGUUUGCCACCCGAUAUCUCGGACUGCGAUUCUUGGCUCAUCUGUGAGCGCCUACAUCCACAAAGGAUUCCACACACCGUUGAAACUGUUUCUUCCUCUGGGAGAAUUCUGCUUUGCUCCGAUAUCAACGCUGGCAGCCCGGCACGUAGAUCGGACUCAAUCGUUAGUCAGCGAUUGUUGGAUACGUUCUCUCAUCAUCGAAAGCUCCAUCAUUUUUCCUGCAGUCGGGGCAUCUCUGCCGUUUGAGUAUGGGUCUCGGCCUUACUCCGGUAGAGCUCUGCCUUGUUCUUGCCAACAACCAACAAUGCUUCCAUCCAAGUGCUGGGAUAGUUUGCCACCCGAUAUCUCGGACUGUGAUUCUUGGCUCAUCUGUGAGCGCCUACAUCCACAAAGGAUUCCACACACCGUUGAAACUGUUUCUUCCUCUGGGAGAAUUCUGCUUUGCUCCGAUAUCAACGCUGGCAGCCCGGCACGUAGAUCGGACUCAAUCGUUAGUCAGCGAUUGUUGGAUACGUUCUCUCAUCAUCGAAAGCUCCAUCAUUUUUCCUGCAGUCGGGGCAUCUCUGCCGUUUGAGUAUGGGUCUCGGCCUUACUCCGGUAGAGCUCUGCCUUGUUCUUGCCAACAACCAACAAUGCUUCCAUCCAAGUGCUGGGAUAGUUUGCCACCCGAUAUCUCGGACUGUGAUUCUUGGCUCAUCUGUGAGCGCCUACAUCCACAAAGGAUUCCAACACCGUUGAAACUGUUUCUUCCUCUGGGAGAAUUCUGCUUUGCUCCGAUAUCAACGCUGGUAGCCCGGCACGUAGAUCGGACUCAAUCGUUAGUCAGCGAUUGUUGGAUACGUUCUCUCAUCAUCGAAAGCUCCAUCAUUUUUCCUGCAGUCGGGGCAUCUCUGCCGUUUGAGUAUGGGUCUCGGCCUUACUCCGGUAGAGCUCUGCCUUGUUCUUGCCAACAACCAACAAUGCUUCCAUCCAAGUGCUGGGAUAGUUUGCCACCCGAUAUCUCGGACUGUGAUUCUUGGCUCAUCUGUGAGCGCCUACAUCCACAAAGGAUUCCACACACCGUUGAAACUGUUUCUUCCUCUGGGAGAAUUCUGCUUUGCUCCGAUAUCAACGCUGGCAGCCCGGCACGUAGAUCGGACUCAAUCGUUAGUCAGCGAUUGUUGGAUACGUUCUCUCAUCAUCGAAAGCUCCAUCAUUUUUCCUGCAGUCGGGGCAUCUCUGCCGUUUGAGUAUGGGUCUCGGCCUUACUCCGGUAGAGCUCUGCCUUGUUCUUGCCAACAACCAACAAUGCUUCCAUCCAAGUGCUGGGAUAGUUUGCCACCCGAUAUCUCGGACUGUGAUUCUUGGCUCAUCUGUGAGCGCCUACAUCCACAAAGGAUUCCAACACCGUUGAAACUGUUUCUUCCUCUGGGAGAAUUCUGCUUUGCUCCGAUAUCAACGCUGGUAGCCCGGCACGUAGAUCGGACUCAAUCGUUAGUCAGCGAUUGUUGGAUACGUUCUCUCAUCAUCGAAAGCUCCAUCAUUUUUCCUGCAGUCGGGGCAUCUCUGCCGUUUGAGUAUGGGUCUCGGCCUUACUCCGGUAGAGCUCUGCCUUGUUCUUGCCAACAACCAACAAUGCUUCCAUCCAAGUGCUGGGAUAGUUUGCCACCCGAUAUCUCGGACUGCGAUUCUUGGCUCAUCUGUGAGCGCCUACAUCCACAAAGGAUUCCACACACCGUUGAAACUGUUUCUUCCUCUGGGAGAAUUCUGCUUUGCUCCGAUAUCAACGCUGGCAGCCCGGCACGUAGAUCGGACUCAAUCGUUAGUCAGCGAUUGUUGGAUACGUUCUCUCAUCAUCGAAAGCUCCAUCAUUUUUCCUGCAGUCGGGGCAUCUCUGCCGUUUGAGUAUGGGUCUCGGCCUUACUCCGGUAGAGCUCUGCCUUGUUCUUGCCAACAACCAACAAUGCUUCCAUCCAAGUGCUGGGAUAGUUUGCCACCCGAUAUCUCGGACUGUGAUUCUUGGCUCAUCUGUGAGCGCCUACAUCCACAAAGGAUUCCACACACCGUUGAAACUGUUUCUUCCUCUGGGAGAAUUCUGCUUUGCUCCGAUAUCAACGCUGGCAGCCCGGCACGUAGAUCGGACUCAAUCGUUAGUCAGCGAUUGUUGGAUACGUUCUCUCAUCAUCGAAAGCUCCAUCAUUUUUCCUGCAGUCGGGGCAUCUCUGCCGUUUGAGUAUGGGUCUCGGCCUUACUCCGGUAGAGCUCUGCCUUGUUCUUGCCAACAACCAACAAUGCUUCCAUCCAAGUGCUGGGAUAGUUUGCCACCCGAUAUCUCGGACUGCGAUUCUUGGCUCAUCUGUGAGCGCCUACAUCCACAAAGGAUUCCACACACCGUUGAAACUGUUUCUUCCUCUGGGAGAAUUCUGCUUUGCUCCGAUAUCAACGCUGGCAGCCCGGCACGUAGAUCGGACUCAAUCGUUAGUCAGCGAUUGUUGGAUACGUUCUCUCAUCAUCGAAAGCUCCAUCAUUUUUCCUGCAGUCGGGGCAUCUCUGCCGUUUGAGUAUGGGUCUCGACUUUACUCCGGUAGAGCUCUGCCUUGUUCUUGCCAACAACCAACAAUGCUUCCAUCCAAGUGCUGGGAUAGUUUGCCGAACGUUUUCUCGGACUGUGAUUCAUGGCUCAUCUGUGAGCGCCUACAUUGACAAGGGAUUGCACACACCGUUGAAACUGUUUCUUCCUCUGGGAGAAUUCUGCUUCGCAGCGGUUUAAAAAUGGAACAACAUCAACAACUUACUUUACACGACGAAUUCUUAUAAUUAAGUCCGAUUUCAACGCAACCAUUUUAGCGCACGCACAAUAUGGUGCCAAUCUCAAUCAUUAUCCUCCGCCUGCUUCUGUUAAAACCUUGCAGUCAUGAUCACCAUCAUCACCACAAAAAUUUAGUUUGAGGUUUGGUAGAUAUGAUUCGAUCGAAAUAUUGAAAAAUAUCUUACACUUCGUUUUGUUCUUCUCUUUCAGAUACAACAUUCGGGCAUUGUUCAAUCUAUGGUAUCCAUCAAACAAAUCUCUAAGAUGCUGGACAUUACUUCGUCUGAAUAUAAACAGCUUCGUUUGAAAAUGAUACCUAAUUGUAAUCAGCGAUCUUCAUCAAGCCAUCAACACCACAACAAGAAAAUCGGCCCUUUUCAGGGCCACCAAGUGUU